GAUCUCAAACUUUGUUGUCUACGAUCCAAUGACUAGGAUACUCCACGCACAAAAUUUGGAAUCGCCUCCCCCAAACUCUGUGGAACUGGAGAUGAAAGGCUUAGAACUAGUUUGGCUUCCACUACAACCAAAUAGCUUGUUUGAAGCGGUGGCUCACGAUUUCCUUGAAGAUAUGAAACCGGAAUCAUCUGCAAUGCGAGGGACAUUGUCUGCGUCCAAAGCAUUUGAAAAAUUUCGGCCAAGCCCCCUCGAUUGCAGCCUCGCAGACGAUACUUCCAUCAAUUCUCCCAACGGUGAUGCUGAAUGUGAAUUGUCAGAACCAGAGGCUGGGGGCGAAUUUUCUCGGACGGAGCUAGAAAUCGUUGAUUCAACGAUUGACAAUUUUGAUACCUCCAAGAGCCUCAGCUGCGGCCCGAAGAGUGAUGAUGAAUAUGCAAUUGAGGGCGACAACUACGAUGCUUUUGAAAGCACAAGGGAAAUCGGCUGGACUGCCUCUGACGAAGAAUAUGUAGUUGAGGUCGACUCUGAUGUAGCCCGCGAAUUCCUGGGCAGCCAGUAUUCAGAGUCUCUGUCCUCUACGCCAGAAGAGGAAAAGGGGGCGCUUCUGGAUCCACAUCUCCCACGCAUUCUAUUGGACGGCGAGGACAUUUUGGUUGAAGAUAGCAACGAGAGUCAGCUUAAAGCCACCAAGACAUGGCCGCAGCUUGGACGAGAGUUCAAGGCUAGACAUCCAGAGCUCUUCCCUCCAUCACGACAACCCAUGUUUCAAGUAGAGCUAGAGAACUACGAUUCUGACGCAGAUUUGGAGUGCUCCUUUAAAUCUGAAUCCAGGAUUUGCUCUUCACAAUAUCCAACACCACAAUGCACAACCAAACUGCUUCCCAGCUCGGAUCUGGGGGUCGUAAAGAAGAGCAAAUGCUUACAAGCAGAACCAUUUCAAGUCUCAAAGGCUGAUAUUCAUGCUAACAUCGUGGGAGACUCUUCCAACGACAUGCCACUCGUGGAGCACAUCGAGUAUGCUUAUGGCAAUCAACAUGGUAUUCUAGAUAGUUCUGAAGUCUCACAAGGUAUGAGUCAGACACCAAUCAAUAUAGCUGGCAUAGAGGAUGGUUCCAAGACUUCAGUUCCGAGCCUCCAUGUUUUAUUUGAUCUCGAAAACGGCCGAAGACACAACAAAGAAGAUCCGCCGGUCCUGGAGCAAAAUCCAGAGUGGAGUUCAUGGGUCGAGGCAGAAGUGGCACAACGUAGAAUGUUCCAGACGGACACCUUGGGUCGGGAGCAGAUACGUCUGGCUCCGCCGGAAAUGCGAAGCAAAUAUGGCAGUCUAAAGAAGCGAGGCAAGUUUGAACAAUGUUACGCUCAAGCGGAUGAAUUGAACGAAGCUUCAAGCGCAACAUGCUCCCAGACUCGAUCGAGCUCGAACACAUCUUUUCCUGGGGGCUUUCCAUUCACAAAAUACAGCGAAAGUAUGCUUCGGAAAUCAAGCCAGAUGUCAAGCAAUAGCGGACCAGACAAAGACGUGCAAGUCGAGAAGAUAGUUGAAGGCUCCUCUGAAAGUACCGAACUGAAAGAUACCACAGUGAUCGAGCCAGAGAAGCAGACAGAAAAUCUCGCAACGCUGGAACACGACAUAUGUAGUCAGGUCGAGCCACACGAAGCAACCCCCGGCGAACCUGGGGCAGCUAACAAAUCCGAUCUCCUGGAGGCUGUGAUGAUGGCGUCUAAUCAGAGCCUGGAUUUAGUAACGCCAGAAGAUUUGAACAUACGUCUCGUCGGUAAAGCAGCUCGCCAAAGUCAACUUGGCAAAGGCUCAAAGGUCAGCUCAUUGAUUGAUCUGUUUAAGGCACAUGGUUUAAUGUCCGAAUCUGCGAUGCCAGCUCUUCACAGACAAACAACGUCUCCUGGAAUCCCGAUGCCACCAGGUCGUACCACCACUCCUAGGAGCAUACAAAGUCCUUCGAAGAAAAAUGUUGGCGUCGGCACUGAAAUCGCUUCACAUUCUACGAAUUCGUUGAAACGAGUUCCCACGUAUGUUUCGGGUCUGAGUGAUGCUGAUACGGAGCUUGACCCUGGCUUUGGAGAAGAAUUAGCACGAUGCAGGAAGCGCUAGAGAUAUUCCCAGGAAGACCGCGGUAGUCGACAUUAUCCCAGUCUUCGUUGAGGAGUUGCUCUUAUGUCCCUUUCAUUUCAUUAUGCGAGUUGUAUCGUUAUCAUGCUUGUAGUGGCGGCAAAGGUUCAAUCAUUCGAUAUCAAAAAAAGCAUGGCGAGAUGAAAGUAUUAUCACUGGGAGCAAGGACUUUUUGCUUUGGGUUGCAUGUAUUAUGAGACGCUCGUUCUUAUCCAACACGAAGAUACACAUUAGACAAUGA